AUGUGGUCAGGAAGUGGUAAGAACCUGCAUGAAACUCCAUCACAUCUCUUUUCAGCAUUGUUGGAGAUGCAUUGUUUCGCUCUCAUUCUUAUUUCAAUUCUACAAACAUGUAAAGGCUGUUUCUCUGUUGCAGAGGAAAGAGAAAUUGUGGAUUCAACUGUGAAACUUACCAAUAAUAUGACUCUCAAAUGUGUCUAUCCAAAGAUGGCAAAAAUAACUCAGAUGUCAUGGAUUAAGAGCAAAGGCAAAGAGACAAUUGCAGUCUUCAAACUGCCUCAUAGCCUGCAUAUCACUAGCAUAUAUGAAGGCAGAGUAAAUGUUAUUAAUCAUACUAUGAAUGAUAAGUCCCUGGUUUUCAACAAUACCACUAAGGCAGAUAUUGGCUUAUACAUUUGCUCUUUUCAGAGCUUCCCCCAUGGAAUAUGGGAAAAGAAAGUACAAGUUGUCCAAGCAGGGAACUUUACACCUCCAUUCUCAGCAGCUUCCCAUGUCAUUAUUGAACCAGGGAAAAAUGUCACCUUUAGAUGUGGGGCUGACCUUGCCAUAACAAUGAACCGUGUGACAUGGGAAAGGGUUCAUGAUGGCACUGUGGAUACCGUAGUUCAAUGUACUCAACUCCGUCAAUCAAUCCAUGGUUCAGAUUAUGAAGAACGGGUGGAGAUAAACUGUGCUACUCAGGCAAACACAAUUGUGCUUUGGAAUGUUACAGAAUCUGAUUCUGGGAUGUUUCGCUGUUGUUACACUGGAGCUUCAGGUGAAUCUGGAGCUCACUGGACAAAGUUGACAGUCACUUUCAAUGUUCCUUUGGUUUACAAGCAGAAUAUCAUUGCCAUAGCUGGAGGUUCUGCAGUUGGAACUGCCAUCUUGCUACUAAUGCUCAUCUUGUCCAUUGUUGCAACUGUUGUUCAUCGUAGGAAGAAGAAGAGGAAAAGGAUCAUGAUGCCACCAAAAGCCCUUCUUAUCACUGAACGCCAGCCCUUCCACGGCCAAUGGAAUGCAAGUGGAGGAGAAAACAUGACUGCAUCUUCCACAAAGCAAGAAGCAAUCUAUGUCAACUGCUCACCUAGGCAAAAAAUGCGAGUGUAUCAAACAAGGACGUAGAUGUUCUUAUUUUCUCCAGCAGCAUUUCCAAGGAUAUUAUAAAAAGAAGGGGUACUAUAUUUUCAAUUUUCAUUAGAUUCAAGAUUUUAAAAAAGGACGCUCAUAUAGUAUGAGGUGUAAUAAAGUAGCUACUGAAUUUGAAAAUGUGAUAAUGCAUCAAAAAGAACAUUAGAAGCUAGUACUUCAAUAUGACACAGAAAUAGAACAAGUUAAAACCUGUAUGUUUAGAUGGAUCUAAAAAAAUUGAGAAAUAUCUUUCAAACAAUGAGAAACCUUACGGAUGAAAGAUAUUUACAGCCACUAAAAUAUUAAGAGAAAAUUAGUACAAGAUGUUUUAUCAUUGGUAUAUUACUCCAAAGGAUAUCAAGAAGAUGGACAAAAAUGAUAAAGGGAAAUGUUGGAAAUGUAAAGAAGUGCAUGGCACUCUAUCAUAUGUGGUAGAUGUGCAAAAAGACAAAAAAAUAUUGAAAAGAAAUAUAUUCUGAAAUCCAAAAAAUUCUAGAAAUCAAAUUUGCUAUGGAAGCCAAAAAUAUGCUGUUAGGCAUUCUGCCAAAAAUAUUCCAAAAAGAUUAGAAAAAUUGUUUAAAUAUAUGGUAACAAGUGGGCAGAGUUACACUUGCAACAAAAUGGAAAGCAGAAGAGUGCCCAUGUAGAGCGGUCUGGGAAAGCAAAGCAGCUGAAUAUACAGUAAUGGCAAAAUGUGUGGAUUAACGACCAACUGUGUGGAUUAACUGUGUGGCUUAACGGCCAAUUAAAGAGUUUCAGGAUAAGUGAAAAGCAUAUUAUUUAUUCCUAAAAAAAUCAGGAACAGAAAAAAAGGAUAUUGAGAUGAAAUAUAUGAAUUGUUAAUAAUCCUCUUAAAAUGUUGUCUUUUACAGCCCUGGCCCCUACCUGGUGGAACAGGCUCCCAAGUGAGAUCAGGGCCCUGCAGGACAUACAGAGUUUCCGCUUGGG